AUGGUGCUUCGAAAGCCCGAUACAGCCGAUGAAGUCCUGGCGUCGUCAGAUAAGCACGAAGUGAUCAGUCAGUUAUUAAACACGCACGCACGUAUUCCCAUUACACAACCCACACAGGACACAUUUGCAAGCACAGGGGUAUCUGCCAGUACGGGUAAAGUACUCCAAAAGGCACAUGUGGUAGCUUAUUUAAAGGCCAAAGAUGGUUUCUUAUUCUUUUUACCCACUGGCAUCCUCUUUGGAUUUAAAAAACCUACCUUGUUCUUUCCUAUUGCCAACCUGGCUUCCAACGUCAUUACGAAUAUUACACAGCGUACAUUUGAUUUAACCUUGACUUUGAAAGCUGGCUGUCAAAUACUGGGGUCUGCUGGAUUCAAGCCCACCAAGGAAGGAGAACAUGAUACUGUGCAGUUUAGUAUGAUUGAACAGUCGGAAUAUGCGGGUAUUGAGGCUUACACCAAAAAAUUGGGUAUCAACGAUCAAAGUAUGGCUGAAGAAAGAAAAGCAAUCAUUGUAAAUAAAAAGGAUGAAGAAAACUCUGUGCAGGAGGGGGGAGAGCAAGGUGAGGAGGAGGAUUCAGAAGAAAAUGACGAAGACUUUGAACCAAGUGAUAAUGAAAAUGAGCCUUUGGAAUAUGAUACGGAUGCAGAUGACGACGAAGACGACGACGAAGACGAUGAAGAUGAUGAUGACGAUAACGAGGACAGAAAAGGAGCGUCUAUAGAAGAUGCCAUGUGUUUGGAAGACGACGAAGAAGAUUUGCUGGAUGAAGAUGAUGAUUAG